UAAACUCCGUCCUAGGCAACAGCGGAAAACAAGAACUGAAGAGCCCUGAGUAUCAGUUAUCUUGACUCUCCUACGCAAUUGUAUUGUUUAAUAAUAUUUGUACACGUAAUAUAAUUUAUUUGGUAAUGUAGACUAAAUGUCAGUGGGAAAACCAUCGACUUGUAAAGAUGCUCUACGACGAUGGGAAGAGGAAAAUGGACAAGAAGCUUCCACUUCCACCGAAGUAACUUUAAGCUUUCAGUGGCCACCAAUUGAAAAAAUGGAUAACUCACUAUCAAGUCUAGUGAGUUGUGAAAAGCUCUCUCUAUCAACAAAUAUUAUCGAGAAAAUAUCUUGUCUUAGCUCGCUGAAGAAUUUAAAAAUACUAUCCCUCGGUCGAAACUUCAUCAAAGGAUUUACUGGUUUAGAAGCGCUCGGUGAAACAUUAGAGGAAUUAUGGAUAUCUUAUAAUUGCAUCGAAAAAAUGAAAGGAAUUAAUACCAUGAAGAAUCUCCGUGUAUUAUACAUGUCGAAUAAUCAAGUGCGCGAAUGGAAUGAAUUCAUGAGACUCCAAGAAUUACCAAAUCUACGAGAAUUACUAUUCGUCGGAAAUCCUCUCUGCGAAGGCUUCGAGACUGAUGCUUGGAGAGCCGAAAUUGCUCGGAGACUGCCGCAUUUAGAAAAGCUCGAGGGCGAACCGAUUAUCCACACCGAGGACAACUCACCGCAAAUUCAAGCACCUGGAAAAUACGAUGUUAUAAAUCCCAAUAAAAAUGUCGAUGAUAAUAUUGUAUAGGGCAUUAUUAAA